AAUCCCCUCACUUGCAGAUUGGGUUCGGCCAUUUCAGCUCCACCGGCAAACCCCACCGACCAGGCACCGGGACGACAACGGACACCACCCGAACAUGAGUGAACAGGCUAUUUCUUUCGCCAAGGACUUCUUGGCUGGUGGUAUUGCCGCUGCCAUCUCCAAAACAGCUGUAGCCCCCAUCGAGAGAGUCAAGCUUCUUCUUCAGGUGCAACAUGCCAGCAAACAGAUUUCAGCUGACAAGCAUUACAAAGGUAUUAUCGACUGUAUCGUCCGUAUCCCCAAGGAGCAGGGCUUCCUCUCAUUUUGGAGAGGGAAUCUGGCCAACGUGAUCCGUUACUUCCCCACUCAGGCCCUCAACUUUGCUUUCAAGGACAAGUACAAGAAGAUUUUCCUCGAUGGUGUGGACAAGCACACACAGUUCUGGAGAUACUUUGCAGGAAACCUGGCCUCUGGUGGUGCCGCUGGAGCCACAUCCCUGUGUUUUGUCUACCCACUUGACUUCGCCAGAACACGUCUCGCCGCUGAUGUUGGCAAAGGUGCAAGUGAGCGUGAGUUCAAAGGUCUGGGAGACUGCUUGGUAAAGAUCUCAAAGUCUGAUGGCAUCAGAGGUCUGUACCAGGGCUUCAACGUCUCUGUUCAGGGCAUUAUCAUCUACAGAGCUGCUUACUUUGGCAUCUAUGACACAGCAAAGGGCAUGCUUCCAGACCCCAAGAACACACACAUUGUUGUUAGCUGGAUGAUUGCUCAGACUGUGACUGCAGUUGCCGGUCUUACGUCCUACCCUUUCGAUACUGUCCGUCGUCGUAUGAUGAUGCAGUCUGGACGUAAAGGAGCUGACAUCAUGUACACUGGCACCCUUGACUGCUGGAGGAAGAUUGCCCGUGAUGAGGGCUCCAAGGCUUUCUUCAAGGGAGCCUGGUCAAAUGUUCUUAGAGGCAUGGGUGGUGCUUUCGUGCUCGUCUUGUAUGAUGAGCUUAAGAAAAUCAUCUAAGUUUGUACAUCCACUGUAAUGUUGUGAAGUUAUCUGUAACAUAUCUUGUACAUUUGGAAGGACUUAAAUGAUGCGAUAUAUUUAUAGGGACCAACUAGUAUUUUGCUACUAGUUGUACUGGGGGAAUCUGUUACAUACUCCUUUCUUGGCCCAUGCUUUUUUUUCUUUUUGUUUUGCCCCUCUCCAGAAUGUCAUUCCCUGAACACAGGAAUCUUGCCGGAUAAAAGAGAAAUAAAGGCAACCUACUGAGUAAA